AUGUGCUUGUCUAUCUAUAAUUGUAAUAUUAGAAGAAUGUUUUCUUGUUUUCCAAGCAAUGCAACUUUUAUAAGAUCAAAUAAUAUUGAUACUGCUGCAGCAGCUGCUGCUGAGGAGGCUCGUAGGCAGCAGGAAGCUGAGGAGGCUGCCCGUCAAGCUGCUGAGGAGGAGAGAAGACAACAAGAGGCCGAGGAACGACGAAGGAGAGAGGAAGAAGAACGAGAAAAACGUGAAGCCGAGGAGGCUCUCCGGAAAAUAGAGGACGAGAAACGGGCUGCUGAGGAAGCUGAGAAAAGGAAAAUUGAAGAAGAAAAGCAGAAAGCAGAAGAGGCAGAGCGAAAAAAGAGAGAAGCAGAAGAAAGACGCAAACGUGAAGAAGAGGAACGUGAAGAGGCUGAAAGGAAAAAAAGACAGGAAGAGGCUGCCCGACGAAGGCAAGAGGAGGAAGAGAAGAAAAAGAAGGGAAAGAGAAAGGGUUUGGGUGGCCUGUCUCCAGAGAAGAAGAAACUACUCAAGAAACUUAUUAUGCAAAAGGCCGCUGAAGAUCUGAAAAAUGAGGCCAAGAGGAAAGCUGAAGAAAGGGAGAACUUCAUUAAUUCAAGGGUUGAACCUUUGGCUACUGAUGGUCUCAAUGAAGCUCAGAUGCAAGAUCUAGUUAAGAAGCUUCAUGGGAAAAUGGCAGAACUUGAAGAAGAAGUCUAUGACUGGGAAUUCAAACUCAGAAGACAAGAAUUUGAGAUUAAUGAUCUUACCCUUAAAGUCAAUGACACCAGGGGAAAAUUUGUUAAACCUGUUCUUAGAAAAAUAUCCAAGACAGAAGCCAAGCUCGCCAAGUUGGAGAGAACAAAGAAGGAUGACUUCCGUACCACCUUGAAAUCUUCAGGACAUAAACAUGACAAAAUUGAAGAAGAAGAAGCACCAGCGGAAGAGGCAUAA